GUGAGGACUAUUUUACUGGUAUUUGGUUGACUACUUGUGUACUGUGUGCCAUGGUUGACAAAAAUAGGAAACUAAAAGCUAACGCAAAUAUAGAAGCCUAUGGUUUUGUCCGUCCCUGGUUAGCCUUGGUGGUAGGCCUCGAUUCUGAAGACACACUCAGGCACGCGACAAUAAGUCCCACAAACCAUUGCGUUUCCACCUGACAUCGUUGGUCUGUGUACGUUGCCAAGGAGAAGCGCCACACACCUUAUCGGAACACUAAGGACGCUACUUGCAUUUUAUCUCAAGAAACUUCAGUGCUAUCUACAAGCUCAGAAAACAGUGGGAGGAACAACACCCUAAAAUGAUAUGCCAGCAUCAGGAAGGAGUGUAACAUUUGGCUGACCUCCAGUGUGGCGAUCAGGAGAGAGCAAUGGCACCGUUCCUGUGUGACCUAUUGUGAAUCCCACCCAUGAAGAACAUCACAUAUUGACAUAGUGAGCGAGAAAGAGAGGACUGGUAGAACUAUCAUUUAGGAGAGAGAAGCACCCUGCAACUCCCCCAAGCUGAUGAUUCUGAGACAAUGAAUCGCUACACGCAGCUGAAGCAGUUGGGAGAUGGCACCUAUGGCAGCGUGCUGAUGGGGAAAAGCAACGAGUCGGGAGAACUGGUGGCCAUCAAGAGAAUGAAGAGGAAGUUUUAUUCGUGGGAAGAGUGCAUGAAUCUGAGAGAAGUAAAGUCCCUGAAGAAGCUGAAUCAUGCCAACGUGGUGAAGUUAAAGGAAGUCAUCAGAGAAAACGACCACCUGUACUUUGUCUUUGAAUACAUGAAAGAAAAUCUCUAUCAGCUCAUGAAGGACAGGGAAAAUAAGAUGUUCACUGAGAAUGAAAUUAGGAACAUCAUGUUCCAAGUGCUGUCUGGUAUGGCGUUUGUGCACAAGCAUGGAUUCUUCCACCGGGAUAUGAAACCUGAAAACCUGCUCUGCAUGGGCCCAGAGCUAGUCAAGAUAGCCGACUUUGGAUUGGCCAGAGAGAUCCGCUCCCGCCCCCCAUACACGGACUACGUGUCCACAAGAUGGUAUCGCGCCCCAGAGGUGCUGCUCAGGUCGUCCAUCUACAGCUCUCCCAUAGACAUGUGGGCAGUGGGCUGCAUCAUGGCUGAGCUCUACACACUUAGGCCUCUGUUCCCCGGGAACAGCGAGGUGGACGAGAUCUUCAAGAUCUGCCAGGUUCUGGGGACAGUCAAGAAGUCUGACUGGCCGGAGGGAUACCAGCUGGCCUCGGCCAUGAACUUCCGCUUCCCUCAGUGUGUGCCCACCCACCUGAAGACCCUCAUCCCCAACGCCAGCACAGAGGCCAUCGCCCUGAUGAAGGACCUGCUCAUGUGGGACCCUAAGAAGAGACCCACGGCCGUGCAGGCUCUGCGGUACCCUUACUUCCAGGUGGGUCAGGUGUUGGGGCCUCGGCCCGGGAGUGAGAUACGCAAGGCCACGGUGAGGACUCAAUCCCGAGGCUCAUCAGAGCCGAAAGGUGAGCUGCAGUCCUCUUCAGGAGACUCUUCUGCCCGGACGUCUCAGGGCAACCACCCCAAAGCUUCCAGCAGACACCACCAGGCCCCCCAACAGCCCCUCCAGCAGACAGACCAUCAGAUUGACCAGACAUCUCCACAUGGCCAAGUCACUAACUCCAACACGAAGCCAUCUGUCGUGGUGGGGACUGGGAGUGAGAACAGUGCAGCGGUGGGUCUGAAGAGCGGGCGGAGGCGCUGGGGCCAGACAGUGAUAAAGGCAACAGAGAGCUGGGAUGAGUCAGAACCUUCUGAGACCUCCGUGUCCCACUCCAAGAAACCCAGCCUGGGAUCAGAGGAGGAGAAGGGCCCAAAGGACCAUAGUAAUCCACAAUCCAAAGAGCAAAAACCGAUAUACUCGUUCAGCACUGUUACUAAGUUACCAAGCAAUAUUAAGAAGGGCCAAAUGGACUCCAGUCUCCCGGGCUCCUCAGCAAGACAACAUUACCUUAGUCAAUCAAGAUAUCUGCCUGGGUUGAUCGGCAAGAACUCUGUAGACAAGGAGCCCGGUGGGCCGACACUUCGAGAUCUGUGGGACAACACCACCAAUAUCAACAGUAAACCCCUCGGCCCCAUUGGAGCUGGUUUGUCCGUCACCAGAGUCAACGCAGGAAACUUUGUCAGUACAAAGUACAAUCUGUCUGGAGGUUAUGUUCCCUCCUUUCAGAAGAAAGAGGUCGGCUCUGUGGGUCAAAGGAUCCAGCUUGCUCCUCUUGCCGGCCAGCACACAAUUGAUCUUGCUACUCCUGAUAACAAAAAUGUCAAACCAAAACCUUCAAAGACAAAGUCCACCUCGCCCAUGAGUGAAAACACUGAAGAUUAUGACGGCUGGAAAAGAAGGGCGGACAAGCCUCAAAUGAAAGGCCAGGACUACUCUGCCCUGGGGAAAACCUCUGGCAACCUUCUGACUAGAGGUCCACCUGUACAGCCAGUCCAUGGGAGGGUAGACUGGGCAUCCAAGUACGGAGGCAAUCGGUAGUGCAUCAAGAGAUGCUGUUAAACCAACUCACAGGUUUAGCCAGUCUUUGCACUGAGAAGGAAAACCUUUUGUAGCUCUGCUCUGAAUUUUACUACCCUCAGUGAAUGUACUUCUGAAAGACCUCCAAUACAUUAUUAGAACUAAGUAACACAUGUACUGGGAUGUUCAAAGAGAUAUAUACAUGUUUGUUUUAUACUGGCAUCAUUGGGUGAUGUAUGAAGGCAAGACAUACGCCAGGAGGCCUGAUCCCUGUAACUUCAACAGAAGACCCGGCGCCAUCUAUUGCAGUGUUUUCCAACUCCAGUCCUUCAGUACCCUCAACAGUACAUACUGUUGUUGUAGCCCCGACAAAAAUACCUGAUUCUACUUGUCAACUAAUCAUCAAGCCCUUGACAAGUAGAAUCAGGUGUGCUAGUCUUGUGCCACAACAAAUAUGUACUUGAGGAGCAGAGUUGGGAAACACUGAUCUACUGUAUGGUAAUUGAUGAUAGACUGGCUGAUAGGGCUGCUCUAAAGUAUCCCUCAAAGAUAACCAUGUCCUGAUGCCCAUUGGGUGUUGUCUGGAUUGAGUCUGAUGCCGAAACAUGACAUUUGUCUUACAAUCGGUUUUAUGAUACGAUUAGAACCAAUAAUGGUGGAUUUUGUAUUUUAGAUUUUUAUAAUGUAGUUAUAUUCUGUUUAUUUUUUAACUUUUGUUUACAUUACUCAAAUGAAAUUAUAUAAGGAAAUGUUUCCUAAAACUUAUUGUAAAGGUUUAUCACUCGUUGUAAUCUCUUGAAUAGCCACUUACUGUAUCAGUGGCUAAAGAAGUGUUGACUUCAGUUAUUAUGACAAUCCACGCUUAAGAUGCAGCUAUUAAACACUGGCCAUUUUUUAAAACCU